AUGGCGAACGUGGCCGUAAUCCAAGGCUCAUCCAGGGGGAUCGGCUUAGCUCUAACCCGACAUCUUUUGAAACAUACCAAGCUGCAAGUCGUAGCCACUUCACGAACUCCUCAAGAGGGUAGAGCACAAAUCUUAGAAAAACUCGAGAACUCGACCAAGCUCAGCAAAAGACUACAUAAUCUCGAGCUGGAUGUCCAAGACGAACAGUCAAUCGCCCUGGCUGCCGGGUACGUCAAGGAAAACUUCGGACAAAACCUCAGGCUGCUUAUCAAUGUAUCCGGUGUCUUGCUACCUGAAAAGUCCAUCCUCAAAAUCCAAAAAGGAGAGAUGCAAAAGACUUUCGAGGUUAAUACGUUUGGGCAUCUAUUGACUUACAAGCAUUUCGUGCCACUCCUACCGCUCAAGGUAGACCCAAAACCAACUGAUGCGGAGGAUCCGUCUAUGGGCCUAGUCAAGCCGGAGGUCAACGUGCUCGCAAGUCUCAGUGCGAGGGUGGGCAGUAUUGGAGACAACUCCCUAGGAGGAUGGUACUCCUACCGCUCCUCCAAGACCGCCCUCAACCAGAUCAUCGUCACCUUACAGAACGAGCUGGCCGCCCGGAGCUCGAUCUCGCCCACUGUCACUGUCGCCUUACAUCCAGGCACCGUCGCCGGCACCGAGCUCUCGCAGAGGUUCGUCCCCAAAGAUCUCUCCGGUUCCAAGCAGGGCAUCCACGACACCGAAACCGCCGCCAGUUCACUCCUCAACGUCAUCUCGAAAUUGGGAAUAGGCGAUGGUGGUCAAUUCUUCGAUUAUAAAGGCGAGAAUAUCGUUUGGUGA